AUGUCCUCGGCACUUAGAUGGUCUGACACUCAUCAAGGAGCUCUUGGUCUGUCAGGCUCCAAAAUGUCAAUCUGUCAUCGAAGGCCAACUAUUGAUCAGGAGACUUUGCUCGGCCUAUCAUCCACAGGUGUCGAAGCUCGGUCUCAUUCCCCGGACACUGCUAUAAACCUCUCAAAAGCCGUGAAUCACUCAUCCACCGUGAUCAACACCACGAACCCAUACUGGCCAACAUUGAUCACCUCAAGCAGUUCUAGAGAG